AAAAAAGUGCUCCAAAAGAAAAAAAAAGGCAACACGUAAAAAUUAAUGGGCAGAGGAGCGGGUGGUAAUAACAACAAUCAUCAUCAUCACAACCAUUACUCCUCACCCUCUUCUUCUUCUUCUUCCUCUUCCUCUCUGUCCCGCCACAUGAGGAAAGCACUCAGCACGGAUCUCAGGCUCGGCCUCAGCCUCUCCGCCGGCAGGCCCCCCGCCGCCGCCGCGGCGGAUGAGGAAGAGGUAAUAAUGGAUGAGAGGUACGGAGGAGGGCGCGGCGGCGCAACUUUCUUCGUGAAGGUGUACAUGGAAGGGAUUCCGAUCGGGAGGAAGUUGGAUUUGUGGGCUUAUGGUUGCUACGAGGACAUGAUCACCACUCUCGAUGACAUGUUCGGCACCAACAUUCUCUGGGGGCGCGCAGGGAACGAGAACAACUAUAACGAUCAGCAGGUGCAGUACCACGUCUUGACUUACGAGGACAAGGAAGGAGAUUGGUUGAUCGUCGGGGAUGUUCCCUGGGAGAUGUUUGUGUCAAGCGUGAAGCGACUGAAGAUCACAAGAGCAGACAGCUUGUGAUGAUUUGAUUAAGGGUCCUGGUUUUCCUUCCCCGGCAACGUGCGUACAAACAAAAUAAGAAAGAUUUUUGUUUGGGCUAUUUUGUAAAAUUUAGGAAUGCUGGUCUCUCUGUCUUUUUUUUGUUGUUGGUAUUUUUGUUUUCAUUAUUAUCUCUGUAUAUUUUGAAGCUU